UUAUUGCUAAUUUUUCAUUACAGUAUGUCUAGUUCUGGGGAAGAUUUUUCUCAAUUUGGUAUUUCUGUUGAGGAGAAAGACAAGCUUGUAGCAGAGGUGAUUCGGUAUGUAUUAUUCAAGAGUGAACAGAGUUCAGGCUGCCCAAUAAAGAGGGAGGAGCUAACCCAGUUGAUCACUGGCAAGAAUUAUCGUCAAAGAAAUCUCCCUGCUUUUGUUAUAACUGAGGCAAAAUUGAAACUUUCCUCCCUUUUUGGCUUUGAAAUGAGGGAACUUCAACGCUCUCGCUCUUCUGCUCCUCAAAACCCUCGUUCAUCUCAGCAAGUGACAGCUGAUGCAAAGUCAUAUAUUCUCAGAAGUCAGCUACCGGCAGAUGUAUACAAGGCAUUUGUUGAGGAUGAAAAUAAAUCACACGUCACUGCUCUUACUUUUGUCGUUACUAGCAUUGUUCGUCUUGCUGGAGGCAAAAUUAAUGAAGAAAAUCUUUGGUAUCAAUUGAGACGACUGGGAUUGUCUGAAACUGAUGAAAGUCAUCCUGUUCAUGGAAACCUCAAACUAGCAUUGGAAGCAAUUGUUCAACAAAGAUACUUGCACAAAGAGAAAGUUAAUGGUCCAGAAGGUAAUGCAACGUUUUAUGAACUUGCUGAGAGGUCACUAGAUGGGCCAAUUAAUGAUGGAAUGAAAGAGCAUAUAUCAAAGAUUGUGAACAAAGAUAUUACUUCGGUGAAUGCUGACUAGUUUGUUUACUGAUGUCUGGGAUUCUUCACAAGUGUUUGUGGCCAUAGUUCCUAACUGUACGAUAUUGGGUUUUGAAGCUGUGAAAUUGGUAUGAUGUUUUAGAUUCGCCAGAGCUGCUACUUUCGUUCUUCGUCUAUUUUUGUGAAAUACAGCCAUUCAUGUAUUUACGCAGCUGAAUUGAUAUUAUUUAUAUGAUUGUCCUUUGUCUGGCAUACUAAUCAACAUAUAUAUAUAUAUAUAUAUA